GAAUGCCAUAUGGUGUGAAAAGAGUAGAUGAAAAAGAAGGUUUGAUAAUUUAUUGUUGUGAUAAAGAAACUGUAACCAAUAAUAAAGGACAAGAAAGUAUCAUCAUCAGAUAUCAACUAAAUGUUAUCUGGGUUUUAACUAUAACAUUGGAUCCAGCUAUAAUAAAAAAAAAUAUAGAAAAUAGUUUAAGAUUACCGGAAAUAGAAUACAAUAAUGAUAUCAUAUUUUUUGGUUCAAAACCUAAAUUCUCUACACAUUCUAGACCUUUUCUCAUCAUUAAUAAAGUCAUUCCUAUCAUGGCUUAUGAAACUAACAUGGACAGUGUAUCAAAUCUUAAGCAAGCUAGUAGAUCUGCUUUGAAACAAUUAGUGGAUACUGUCAGAGCAGCAAUUGAAAAUCCUGAAAGUUUUAAUGAUAAUACUGAUAAUGAAACUGUAUUCAAUAUCUUAACAUAUUAUAACAAAAAAAUAAAUGAAAAAACAAAAAUCCUAGAUUUACAACCUAAAAGCGAAUUAUUCAAUCAAAUACAAAAAGAUGACAGAUUGGGACCUUGGCAAAUCAAAGAAUUGAAUAACACAAUAAAACAAAAAGGAAAUAAAUUGAUCGAAAAAUUUAUCUUACAUAUAAAAAAUGAAAAAAAUUAA